GCCGAGUCCAUUAUGACUACCAAGGGAUCAGCAGGAGCUGGCUUCAUAACCAUAGGCGAUGGAGUAUACCUCAGUGUUCAUCAAAGAGCGUCCGUUUCUGCUCCAAAUGGAAUUACCAAUACAACGAUCGUGCCAGCCAUAUCUCCAGACGUGAUCAUUAUCUUUGGUUGGAUGGGGGCUCAGCUUCGUCAUUUGUAUAAUUAUACCCGAGAAUACGCCAAAUUGUUUCCUAGUGCAACUCGAAUUCUCGUGAGAUGUCAUCCUUCAUUUUUCUGGAGUUCGCAGAAGUCGAAGCACACUCGUUUAUUCCCGGUGGUUGAGGCUUUGGAAGCCUUAGGUUGCAUACAGUAUAACACGCUGACCAAAGAGACGGCCCCUUUACAAUAUGAUCAACCACGUAUACUGACACAUGUGUUUUCAAACGGUGGCUCGUUGCAAUUGGUGACACUCAACCAAGUCCUCUCAAAGAGAGUGCCUCAAGUUAAUGCCAUAUCAUUCACGAGCGUCAUUAUCUUCGAUUCCUGCCCUGCUGUAGGAACAUUCCGCACACUCGGGCUUGCAUUUACACUAUCUAUUCGCAGUCGACUUCUUCGCAUCUCUGCACUAACAUUCGUGUAUACGCUAUACAUUCUCACCCGGCUGCGCUAUCUAUUAUUUGGGACGAAGAUUUUGAUGGAACAACUUAGAGAGUCGCUGUUUAAUCCACAGAUACUUCCUUGGACAAAUUCGCGUACACCGCGACUAUACCUCUACUCAAGAAAGGACGAGUUGGUCCCAUGGCAACAAGUUCAGAACCAUUCCGAAGUGUCGAGGUCGAAGGGCCUGAACGUGCGUACCGAACUUUUUGAGAACAGUGCGCAUGUUGCGCAUAUGCGGGCCGAGCCUGAUAGAUACUGGUCUUCGGUCAUGAAGAUCUGGAAUGAUGCUUGCGUACCUGUGGAGUCUGAGUAGAUUUAUCGGCCUACAAGCCAAUUCUAGGAUACCUUUAUUUAAAUUAGGUCUAACGUCAACGAGCUACUUAUGUGCUAGGUUACAGUGUUGUGACAUGAUGCUAUGGACGUCCAGCUUUCCAUAUGAUACCAGUGGAUUUGCCAUACACUUCUAGCCCCAUCAGAAAUAAUCCAGUCCGGUUUUCAACGAGUAUCCAAAAUCAAGCGAUGUUGAUAAGCAAUCUAGCGAUUGUCCGUAGAACAUACACUGUGUAUAGUGAUGAGACGUGGAGCGAUAGCAAUUGAAAUACGAUGUAGUUUAUAAGUCCACUGAUGAUAGUCCGUGCAUCAGAUAAAGAGACAUGAAGAAGGCAAAAGAAAGUCUCGUCAAGUCUCGUGUGGUAAGAGCAAUCAGACCUCUUAUAUGAAAACCAGAGUGGCCCCGACUACAACUCCAAUGACUCCUACGACUUCAGCAUUUCUUUUGAGAGCAUUUGCAGCAGCAAUGUAUCCAUCUGGUGGUCCAUAGAUACCGCCAGGAGCACUAGCACCUGGGCUCGGGGCACCAUUACCACCAUCGCCGUUUCCUCCUGGUACAGUGGAUGCUGCUGUAGGUAAAUUACUAGCUGCUACCGAGGUCGUUGAAUUCGAGUUUCCAGAGCUGGUUGAAUUUCCAGAUGAUGUGCUGUUUCCUGACGAUGAAGAGGUGGGAGAUGGAGAGGAACUGGCGCUUGACCCGGAAGCAGUGGAAGUAGGGGAAGAUGUUGAAGACUGAGCAUUUUGUCCACUCGUAGACUGGGCAGCUACUAGUAGUGCUGAAAGUAGGGGCAACACCAACAAAGUAAAAAGAUACAACACCCGCAUGGUUUAUGUGUCCCUUUACGAAUGCUGAGGCUUGUGUAGAUACACCAGAGAAAUAAAGGUCUUACCGGUUGUGUUAGAGCUCGUCAACGUCUACAGUGAUGGCAGACAACUUCAAGUGU